AUGGCACCCGCAGACGCCGUUCCUUCUUCGCCCCCUGGACCUAGCUCCUCUCUUGAGGAGUCACUGAAAUACUACAAAGCACAAUACGAACUGCUAGAAGCCGAACUCGCCGACUUUCAAGCCUCCAGUAAAGACCUGGAGGCGGAGCUUGAACGGGAUAUCGACGCAUCAGAGAAACGCGAGCGCCAACUGAAAGAGCGAGCAGCCAAUCUCCACUAUGAGGUCGAGGAAUGGAAGACCAAAUAUAAGCAAUCCAAGACCGAAGCGUCCAAUGUGCAAAAUACGCUGCAAAAGGAGAUUAGGGAACUCCGGGAGACAAACCGGGAGUUAAAUCUGCGCCUCCGCGAUACCGAAGUCGCCAAUGACGACUACGAGCGCAAACAACGGAACACAGAGUCUUCCCUUGAAGACAUGGAACAGAAAUACAACCAGACCAUCGAACGGAGCGUGAUGCUGGAGGAAGAAGUCCGUUCUGGAGAGCAAGAAAGGGAGGCACUGCGGAUUGAAGCGCAGAGAUUGCGGGACGAACUCUCGGACCUCAAGAUCGAGACCGACAUCACCAAAGAGAAGCUGCGAAAGGCCGUGGACCAGCUGUCCCGGCGAGAAAAGCACCUUUCGUUGCAGCCAAUUGCUGUAUCAGCCUCGCCACGGUCAGAAUUAUCCCCCACCACAACGAAUGCCUCCUCGCCUACCUUCGACACACCUCCACCAAAGGCUGGCUCCUCGUCAGGCUUAUCCGACACACCAACUCCUCCAUCACCUCCAAUCUCGGAGAAGUCGACUCAGGUCUCCAAGGGUUUUGCCACGCCUGGUAUUCCAAGGACCCGACAGUCUCUGACUGCCAAUGGCCUGACGUCUCGCCCAUCUACUUCAGGAUCUACCGCCGCGAGGCCUGUCGGUCAUGCUCGCGGACCUUCGAUUGCAACGUUAGCACGAACGGCACCUUCGUCGUCGUUUCGCCAGAGCCUUUCAAGGCCCGCAAACGCUCCGCAACGGCCGUCAGGGCUGCCCCAAUCGGCCUCGAUCAUCCACCUCAGAAAUCUACGCGGCAAAAUUGCGACCUUGGAAGAAAGAGUUCAGACUGCCCGUUCCAAACUUCCAGCUCCUGUACGCACCCCACCCAGGUCUUCGCCUCGAAGUGGUUCGGCACUGGGUAACCACAUCCCUGCGUCUGUCACUGUCCGCAGCCGGAAAAGGACGGGCGGCAGUACAAUUAGUGGGAACGACUCUCUGAUGGAGAAGGUGACGGAGACGCCGUCAGUACCCAGAACGAAAGCAAGUCGAUCAUCAUUGAAUCAGCAACAGCCGUCUCCCACAAGACCGGACUUUUCGCUACCCAAACCAAAGACUAGUCGACCGUCACUGAACCAACAACCUCCUUCCCCAACCAGGGGCGACAUGGCCGCCCCGCCUCUUCGGCCAGCUUCGCGGACAAGCGGCUUUACAUCGGCACGAUCGUCUUUUGCACCGUCACACAGCCGUCCAGGAAGCCGAGCUAGUGUCUCUGGCUUCCCCCGAGCACCUCUGGGUAGUGGCGUGGGGUCAAAUUUCACGCCCAACGCAUCGACCGACCGAGUUCGGCCCAAAAGCAGCCUGAGUAAUUAUGGCAGCGGGUAUGAUGGCACCAUGGACGAAGAGAGCGAGAACAGUCUCAAUCACUAUGAAAAUGAUAUUGGGACCACGCCAGUCCCUAGAAGGGCCACUUUUGCUCGCGGACGUACGAGUGAUAUAGGUUCCGGAAUUCCAAGUCCGACCAAACGAGCCAGCAUUGGCGGGAACACGAAAUUACCCAAGCGACAGAGCAUGGGCUUGAAUGGCAGCCUGGUGGGGACGGGCCUGAAUAACGUACAGGAAGGGUACGACAUCAGCGAGACUUUUUGA